GCGCCGUGACGGAGCCACGCGCGUUGUGUUAAAAUAUUUCGUUCAACAUCACAUGUAAGCACGAUGGAUGUCCUGCCCAGCGGCAAUCUUUUCCGCGAGCUGCAGGAUGUGACGGACACCGGCUACUUCGAGUGGAAGGUGUCUCUGGAGGACUACUGGCAACAGGUUCCGCUUGACGCGCUCGUGACGCUCAACAUGUAUCACGGGACCGUCGACAGCGACGAUGAGGAAGUUGUGGCCCUGCGUACAAAAAUAUCAAAGACAUGCUACGAGAUGGAGAGGUAUCUGCGCGAAGAGCCGCGUGGUAAGCGCCGCGACCCGCCGCAAGAGGAGGAGUGGGCUCGGUCGUCAUCGUCGACCCCUUCGACUCCCCCGUCUCCCCCGUCUUCGUCCCCACCCUCCCCGCCGUCGCUGCCGCCGUCGCCGCAGCUGCCGGUCGCCGCGACCAUACCGCUAACCCUCGCGAGGCCGUACAUCGUGACCGCCAUCAAGGCAGAGCCGAUCAGUGACUCUGAUGAACCGAAAGAACCGGAGACGAAACACCCCGUGGCUCCGAUCCGGCGCAUGCACCCACCACGGCACCACGCCCAUCCGCAUGCCACGGAUCCGCGCCGGCGCAUCCACCGCUGCGAAUUCCCCGCCUGUGACAAGGUGUACACCAAGAGCUCGCAUCUGAAGGCGCAUAAGCGCACGCAUACUGGUGAGAAGCCGUACAAGUGUUCGUGGGACGGGUGCGAGUGGCGGUUCGCGCGCUCGGACGAGCUGACGCGGCACUACCGCAAGCACACGGGCGCCAAGCCGUUCCGCUGCCGCCACUGCGAGCGCUGCUUCUCGCGCUCCGACCACCUGGCGCUCCACGCCAAGCGCCAUGCGUAGCAAGCUGCAUGUGCAACCGCGCCGCGUGUCGCCCGCCGCAAGCCAAAGAAGCCGAGUCAACACUCAUCGCACCUAAUGCUUUAAACUUAUAUAUUUUUAUUUUAGUUUUUAACGUGGAGUGUGGAAUUGGAAUGGAAAUCUCUUAAACGUUUCGGCACCGGUCUUGUUACGGUUCUUUGUUGCAUUAUGAGAGCGAUUUAUUGCCGUUGUUUUAUUGUAAUGUUUUUAUUGUGCGCGGGGGGAGCGCCCGUGCCCCCGCUGUGCCAUGGCUUCAUACCACGUGACAUAUAUUGUAUCGCGGGAUGUCCGGCAUGAUCCCACCGACGCGGACGCGGCACAACAUUGUUUUAUUGUAGGCUUAGUGGGAUGUGCGUCGCGUUACCUGAUGUUAGUCCGUGUCCCGUGCACGACACGUGUGUUGCGAGCGUUAUCGACUACUCUACUCAUAGUGAUUUCUGUAAAUUGUACCCCUUAAAAUCCUUAAACCUCUUUGAAAUCAUGUUUUCCAACCCAACCUAACCUAACCUAUCAAUUCGACGGAUUAUUCCUUUGUUACCAAUCAAAGUUCAACUUUAAAGAAUCUUAAUUAAUAUUAAAAUCAGCUCAAAUAAUGAUAGGUGGGCCCCAAGACUGUUAUAUUAAAUAUUAUAAGUGAACAAGACUGCUGCAUUCUCUCAUCAAGUUUUUAGAAAUAUCCUUAAAAGAGUCGAUAACGUUAUUUAAUUGAAUAUUGAUAUUUAUAGAAGUAGGAAGUUGCGUUUUUAUGUAAAACUAAUUUUAAACGGAGCGUUUAUUCGUCGGCCACGCGACACGGACACGUUUAUUUUGUACACUUGUUUAUAAGUUAAGCGCUGUACGUCGCGGUGAAUGUCCACCAUCAUUCUUUAUAACGAUUGUCAGUGUUCAGACAAUUCUGACAAUAAACGGUAUGGGGCAUCCAUUGCGACAUACGUUUAAAUUGCAUAUUUUAUUGUAUAUUUUAAGUCGUCUAUUUUACUCUUUCAUUCCGACGUUAUACUUUGCGAUUUGUAAUGUUUCUCGUUUCUUGUACGUUAGGGUGUAAAAUGCUUUAUCUUUUACUGUAGUAACCGCUAUACGCCAGCGUCUAAAAUGUCGAUGUUACAGGGAGAGAUUUUGCGUUAACGCUCGGUAUGUGGCGGCCUUUAUUUUGAUUCUGUGAACUGCGACAUCAUUUUGUCGAGGCGUUUUGACUUUAGAGCUAUUGCGAACGUUGUGAUGCGUCUUUGCGAUGCAAAUCAGUGAUCUCCGGUUCCAAGCUGUGAAGUUAAAUCUGUGAACAGUUCGGAAAUGAUGUCAUCCAUCCUAAAGGUUUUGAUUAAAACUCGUAAGGCUGUUCAUGGUCGUACGUUUCGACCGCAGCGUUUUUUUGUCGUCGUUUCACUAUGUGAUUAUGUGUAACAUUUUUGUAUCUAAACUUUUUUUAUAUAAUUUAUACAACUGAACUUCACCAAAAUUAUUGCCAUAUUUUAAAUAAAAAUCUCAGGUGCUUAUACACUUAUGUUGUCCAUAAUAUAAUUUAAUUAAUGCGCAAAAUAAAUAAAUUAACUUAAAAUUAAUAAAUGUGAUUGAUAAUUUUUGGGCUGGUGUAUAUACACCGUAGUGUGUGAAAAAUUGAGCGAAUAUAGAAAAAAAUAUGAUAUUAGCUCAUUUAGAACAAUUGGUUAUAUGAAAAGUGUUAUAUUAUAUGAGAUUAAAUGUUUAAUAUAAGCAUGAAGCUUGUUGGACAAUGGAUGAUUAUAAAAUUUAAAUUCGUUUAACUGCAUAAAGCACACGCGCUUUUAAUUGAAGUCAAAAACCGCGCUGGAAACAUAAAAGUAGCGUGCAUAUUAAUUUUUUUAUAUAAAUGCAUACAACGACUGUAUAAUUCAAUUAAAUUACUGCCAUAUUAAGGACCUCAAAUAUUAAAAGUUGAUAGUUUAAGCCGAAAAUAUAAUAGCAACAACGCAACACUUUUUCACUCUUGCGCGUCAUAUUUGACAAUUCUGAUUCAAGAUGGCGGCGACGUUCCGAACUGUCAUUGCGGAACAUCGAACGGUUUUUGACAAUUCGUAUAUUUAGUCAGGUAAUUUGAUGGAAUUAUGAAAACUAUGGGUUGUACUAUUAAAUACUUUUCCUAAUAUUAUAUAACUAGGUUUCACAUUAUACUAUAUAGAUAUAUGUGUAGUUUGAGGUCUGUUCCAAGGGUAUUUAUAUCUACAACUAUACUAUAUAUUGCAUUAUCAUGUUUUGACCAUUUUUAUUAAUUCAAACACAAUAGCUCGGGAGACUUAUAUGCGAUGGGUGCAUCGUCACAUUUGUUAUUACCUUUUGAUACUUCCCUAUUUAAAAAGAAAACUUACAUUAUGUUAGAAUAUGCUCUGUCUAUUUUUUAUUAUGGACUGCUGAAGUUAUGUAGUGACGAGGUACUCCAGUCGCAGCGCUAAGCCAUCGAGACCCUGGCCCGCGCGGACCAGGGAGUGUGCACUGCUUUUUGUACCAAUUGAGAGCGAGUGUUCUGGUGUUAUACCUCCCGGGGGCCAAUGGAGUAGUCUUCCCGAAUUUGGACGAAAACAUUUUUGUGACUCGGAUUUUAAGAGUGCUGUGGCUCUGAAAGUUUUGAAGUCAGUAAAUGAUAUAAUUGUGAUGAAAUUCUGAGUAAAUGUUUAAAUAUUAUGUUUUAAGCGUUUAGAUAAAAUGGUAAUUCAAUUUUGUAUCAAAACUGAAUUACCAUUCUCACUGUAUUUUUUUUUCAAUGUGGUACAUCAUGCACUGUCAUUUUAAAUUUAUAUUGUUUUGUAUUGGGUCUGGUCAAAAUCCUCAAAGUUCCAUUUACUGGAAUAAUUUCGGGAAAUCCCGAGUCACGGCACUUCUAAAAAUUUGGGUUGCGUAGCCUUCGCACACGAAGCGCAUCUGGCAUUAUUUUUAGAGGCAAAAUCGAGCUGUAUGUACGCUUCUUCACAACUUUAUUUAAAAAUGAUCCGGACGGAAACGCUUCGUGUGCGAACCGCCUUAUAUACAAAAAAAAAGCUAGAAAAUAAUCAUUAAAAAUAUAAUCAUUUAAACGCUAGAGGUUUAGAAAAACUCGACGCGACUCAUGUUUCUUAUAAAACAAACUAUUCGACGAAAAAAUAUUAUCUCCUUUUUUAUAUGCAUUUUUUAUAUCUUUUUUCAAAUAAUAUAUAAAUAAUAUUAACCAGUUAAUUACCUAUGCGUAAGACUAUACGUGUUGCAGAACAGAACAUAAUAUAGGAAAAUACGUAAAAUAACAAUCAAAUACAUAUAUAAUCGUAUAAAUGUAAGCUUAUAUUUGAAAAUGUGUCAAAAAAAGUUUUAUAUUAAUUUGCAAAUUUUACCUAUAUUUAUUAAUAGCGACAUAUAAAAUAGAGUUAAUGGAUGUUUUUUCGUAAUAAAAAAUAUGGAAUAUACAAAAAAAAAUGUGGAAUGUCGAGUGCGGUUAGUUAGCAUCACGGUCUAGCGUUAGGUAAACGAAAUAUUAUAUAAUUAUAAUAUAUAAUUGGUAUAGCAGAGCCAAGUCUCUGUCGCAUGCUCACGUAUAUAUGUCGAAGAACUAUCCAAGUUAGUAACUUAUAUAUAAAUAAACGUAACAAUUGCAAACUUUGGAAUUAAAAUACUAAAUAAAGACUUUAAUGCAAAAUAUUGUAGUUCGUUAUAUUAUGAGGAAAAAUAUUUUUGGUUUUUAUCAUAAUUAUGCGAUUUUUUGAGUUCACCAACUUGACAUUACUUGCUAAACUAUAUUUGGUAGCGGCGAGUGGUCAAUGAAAAGUGAUGGGCGAAACUAAGUUUCAUAACUCAAAUAUUAUGUAUGUUUUCGAUUCUUUUAGUAGUAUUGUUAUUGUAUUCAUAACAUUUCGAUUUAUUCAGAGGUUUGCAAUAUACGUUAUAAAAUAUUACAUCUGUAUGUAAAAUUAGCGUAACUUGAUCUAAGUACGUUUUACUACAUGUUAUUAUACAUUUUUAAUAAUAUGCGGCUGUGUAUUAUCAAUCCGUGUAAAUAGUACACAGACUUGUCGAAUUGAGCCGCACCGUUUUUAUAUUUUUACAGUAAUCAGAACCGCUCUAUUAUUUUUAUAUCGAGUUUUUUUUUAUUUUUAUAAAAAAUAUAUUUUGGAAAAUGUUAUUUAAGGGGACGUCGCCAUUGUAAUGUUUCUUUAUCUUCAUAUAUUAAGAGUUUCUUUUGAGAAAACGGAACAACACAUUUCAAUACAUGUUUCAAUUUAAAUAUCGCAGACGAGUUGGCGUUUCGGCAAUUUUCGUACUCCCGAGGUCCAGCGACUAAUACUUUGAAUUAAAAAUGGUCUAUUAAUAUUACUAUUAUGAAGUAAUACUUCCAUACAUAGUACAUUCGUACUCCGAACAUUACCGAAGCAAUAGUUGAGGACGAUAGUUAGAACACAUUAUUUUAUUGUUAAUAUUAUUUUUAAUCAAUGCGGUGCUGUAUUACUGUUUUAUUAAAGUGAUCACGUGUGUAUAACAUCCGUCAGAGUUAAGGCUAGCGCACAUUACGAUUCUUUCUUGAGAUUGGGUAGUUUUACGAAUAACUAUAUUUCUUGGUGAUUGUUAUACAGAAAAAAAGAUCAGUAUCUUCAUACUAUCUUUAAGACACUCUCAGAUCAUUCUGCGUAGAUCCGACAAAAGUUUUAUAAUUUUAAAAACAAAUCUUUAUAAUUGUAAAAUGUAGUUAGAUUUUGUAACUGACUUUUCGGAUGACCAACAUCUCAGUCCGCCCCGUGACCACGAAUGCUGUAGUCUUUGAAAUAUCGGGAGAGAAUUAAAAUAUAAAAACCGAUCAGUAUCGAACUGCUAUCGACAUUCACAUAAAUAAAAGAAAGCAGUAACGUCUAGAAUGUUUGUUCAGUGUCGCUCGUUUCAAUCGUAGUGUGCGUUCACCCUCAACCAAACACCGUGGUCAGACAAAAAAAAUAUGAACAAAAUUAUAUGAACUAAUGUUACGUAAAUGAAUUCGUUAAAUCCUUGUGAAUUUAAUAUUAUUUAGUGUUGUUUUGGAAUAGAAUUUUCAGACAGAGAAGUUUAAUCAGUAUUUAAUAAUGAAUCCAAUAAUCCUCGAAGUUUUUAGAAAUACUUUUGACUUCAGGAAUAACUUUAUUAAUAAACGCAGUGUAGGUUUAUACUGUCAGAAAUUUCUAUGCCAAAAGGAAAAGAUUGUCGCUUUUAUUGCGUGGGCACAGGGGAGGUCGGGCUUCAGAAGUCCCUCUUCCCCCGCUCGUGCACCCAUUGUUCUGUUAAUAUAACUUAUUUAUUAUAUUUUUUACUUUCUGAAUAGACGUCUAAGUAAGAUUUUUUAUUAAAUAUUUUAUUAAUCGAAGCUUUAGUCGUAUUGUUCAAAUUUUAAUAAUUUAUUUAACGUUUAGUUUUAUAAUCCUUUUGCCAUAUACCUUACGUUAAUAUUAGUUAGAUGCACUAAGUAUUAAUGGUAAUGAAAUUUAUGUGCUUCUGUAUUUGUCUAUCUUCACGUACAUUCCAGUGUGCUUCUCAAUUCGAUCGGUUAAUGUCGUGGAUUUUGGGUCUAGAACCGACUUACUUACAAAUUUUGAUAUUGGCCGAAGUAAAUGGCUGGUACGGGCCGAGAUUAAAAUUUGUACAAAUUUUAGAUACAUAAAAAAUCUUAAAAAUGUAAUAUUAAACAAAAGAAAGUUAAAGAUGUAUUUAAAAGGGAAGUAAUCAUAUAGUUUACUGCUCUAACAGAAAGAUAAUUGGGAUUGGAAACGUAUCAACGCCAGGCUGGCCAUUCCAGAACCAGCGAAGCAUGAACAGUGCUUUUGAUCGGAUAAUUCGGAGCUCGGAUUUUAUAUGCCCGCCGUAUAAGUUGUUCCGAAACCGACAGAUGUUUAGGAAUGCACGCACUCGCUGUAUGCUUCACAUAUCCCAGAAAUACAACUGACCUACAAAACUGGGAGCAGUAUGCUCUCACAACACGUUUGAGAACAAACCUCGUCUGUUACGCUUGCCCGUAAACAAGAGAAAUGUUUUAAACCUUCGGAAUACAAAGGUCAGUUCACCUCAAGAGACGCGAUUUUACGUCUCAGUGUUCACAAAUCAUACUAAAACCGAUAUCCAGUAUGAAGGAGGCAGUGCUGUGUAGUUGUAUAUCGGCAAAAUGAAUGCAAUAUAGGAUGCGGUAGCAACACUCGAGCGAUCUUAAAGUUUUUAAAUUAUUUGGAACAUGUUUUUUUGGAAGUCGGUUCGAGAUCAAAAUACUUACUCUAUUGUCAAAUAAUCACAUAUUACUCCUAUAUAUAAGUAAUCGAUAAGGUAAUUUGUAUAAAGUUAUUCAAAACAUCGUUUUUGGAAUGUUAAGUUUCAAAUGUUUAAUUCAAGUUAAAAAAAGAGGCGGGGUGAAGGCACCAAUGUUAUUUGAACUUGACCUUAAAUGAGGUCAGAGGUCAGACAAUGUCGGAUUGGUCGAUAGAUGAGCCGUGUCAAAAUCUUUACUGAGGGCAUUAUUCUUUAGAACAAAUGCAUUGGGGUCACGAAAUAAGAAUAUUACAUUUUACGUUAUGUUAUAUUGUUUAAUGAAAUUUGUACAUUACAGUCAAGACAUACUGAAAUAAAAUGUCAAGACAACAUAAAUAUUGUCACAAUAUAUUCAUAUUGUAUUAUAAUAUAUGAAAUAUUCCGAAACGAUUUAACACUGGGUCCUUCACCCCACUCUGCAAAAGAAGAGACCAGCAAGUCGCUUACAUGCUCUACAUCAGUAACUCCAGUAUUGUAAAUUCUGCGUCGCACUGCAUGUUACCCAGUAUGUUUUGUAAUGCUGAAUAUUUGGCUACAUAUUAUAUACUUUUAUGACGCGUAAUAUUGAAAAACGAUGUUUAUAGCAAAAAUCCACGACAGCACAGUUCGUAAACUAGUUGUUAAAAUGGGCUUCAUGCCAUUGUACAUACAUUUAUGUGAUGUAAUCGCUGAGCAAAAUGACGCGCAACAUGCUGCUACUAACCGAAAAGUAUACGCGGUAAAAACGCACGACAUAUUCCCCUGCAGCAUGUUUACGUUACAAAAGUUGCACGUAGACAAACACUGAACGUUUCGCGUCAAAUGUUGCUCAACGAAUACAUUUGUCUACUAAUCGUGAAUAUUUACAAACGUACCCAAAUUUUAUUUUACGUGUUUUUUUUUUAUAUUUGUCGCGAUUGCGAUGUACGUUUCGUCGCCCCGCAGUAGGGGUCGCUAGAUGUGUAGCAAAAUGCAUUUUUAUGUUAAUACAUUUUUCUUAUAUGUGU